UGGCUGGGCCUGGGCCUGGGUUUGGCUGCGGGAGCCUCCCCUCAGCUGUCGGAGCUGCGCUCGCAGCUGUCGGGGGUGGAGGAGCUGUUGGAGGAGUUCCGCAAACAGCUGCGGGGAGCGGUGGAGGAGGCCCAGGGCCCCGGUCAGGCCCAGGCCUCGGCCUCGGCCCCGGCCGCCCCGGCCGACAGCUGCGUCCGCGGCUACGGGCUGAUGCAGGACUACAUCAUCCGGACCAGGGACUCUCUGAGCGCCGGGGCCCGCUUCCUGAGCGCCCCGCCCGCCGUCUCCAGCUGGAGCCGGUGCCUGCACGCCUGCUGCGCCAGCCCGCACUGCACCGUGGCCGUGGUGGAGCCGGAGCCGGGGCCGGAGGGGCCGGGGCCGGGCCGGGGGUCAGGGCCGGGCCGGGGGUCGGGGUCGGGCCUGGGCUCGGGCCCGGGGUCGGGGUCGGGGUCGGGGCGGUCCGCCCUCCACUGCUAUCUCUUCGACUGCACCUACAGGAACCGCAACGUCUGUCAGUUCUCCCUCCACCGCGGCUACAGCAGCUUCACCAGGACUGUGAACGGUACCCAGGGCGGCCCCCGGGACCGGGACCGGCACCGGGGGGAGGAGGAGGAGGAGGGAGAGAGGAACGACUCCCACUUCACCCGGAAAGAUGACCCUCCACAGAGCAAUGCAGGCCAGGAUGUGAUGCUUUUGCUGCCCACUGACUGGGCGAUACUGGAUGGAAGAGGCAGCGUCGAUGAUCAUGGAAUAGUACGCUACGAAUGGACUUUGUUACAAGGGGAUCCUUCUGUAGAUCUGAAGUCUCCACAGCCUGGAAUGCUCAAGCUGACCAAUUUGCGAGAAGGUGUAUAUGUGGUCCAGUUGUCAGUCACUGACACGGUGGGCCAAAAGAGCUCUGACAACAUCACUGUCACUGUGGUGCCUCAGAAACAUCAAACAACAGAUUGUACCGGUAUAUGCACAAGGUACCAGUUCAUCUGUGAUGAUGGUUGCUGCAUUGACAUCAUCUUGGCCUGUGAUGGAACUGCCCAGUGCUCUGAUGAAUCUGAUGAAGCUUUCUGCCAAAGCUUUAAUACAGGUCGCAAAUCUGUUACCCACACAACUCUCAGCGGCAGCACAACACAGUCGAGGACAACGGGGUUGAACCAAAAUGAUGCAAUUUGGUCAUCAGUUGAAAACGUACACAAGGUUUCAAUGGAGGAACCAAGACCCCUCCAGCCACAUGGCACCAGCGAGACACAGUCGCCUGUUGCAGAAGGAGGGAAACCUGACAAUGGGUUAUUUCCAGGUGAAGAUUCUCCAGAGACGAGUUCAGUUGAGACAAGUGAACAUGAAAUAAUAUCCAAAAUUAACCAGGUGGGAGGUGGCCAUCCUGUGCCUGAGUCAGGUGCUGUGUUGCCGCUGGCUCUGGGACUGGCUAUCACUGCCUUGCUCUUGUUAAUGGUUGAACUGAAUAGAACACAUUACUGUCAGCAUAGAACACAAGAUCACUAGAGAGGAAUGGGCGAAGAUUGCUCUUCGGCCCAUUUGAUCCUGUCCUAAAAUAUUGUUGUCCUGGCAUUUCAGAAUCGAGCUGUUUCAUUAAAGCUCUGCAAAGUAAAUUACAAAUGAUAUAAAUCAAAUUUGAUUGAAAUUUCAGUUCUGUUACAGUACAAGGCCCCUCUGCUUCCUAAGCCUGCAAGAAAGAUGUGGCGGAUUUUCCAUUCCUUGAACAAAUUGUAGUUUCAAUGAAUACUGAGCCGGUGCAGACUGCAUGGGACGAAUGGCCUCCUUCUGCAAUGUAGAUUUCUAUGUUUUCAUGAUACCGGUUUCCAAUAUUGGACUGUGACAAAUCCAAACACAAACUGAUAGGUGCUCAACAAUGUGUACCAAGUAUCAAUUUUUCAGCAAUCUACUAGAGAUAAGAAUCGUAAUGUAGAAAUUUGUGAGAUUGUGGCUUCCUAAUUUGUUGCGAGUUGUUGCCAUUGCAAUUUAUUUGACUAAAUAUUGCGCAGAUGAAAACUUUCAGCAAUACUAAUUGAAUGGGAAUGGUUAAGCACGAGAAAAAAGCUGCCCUUACCUUGAAUUCUUCCACCCUCGGGAUUGACUAACUUUAUCAGACUCUUGUCUUGUACUUUUAACACUCUGAUCACUUUCCCUGAUUUUCUUUUCAUCUCAGUGAUUGCUGCUGCCUAAUUACCCUGUUUUGUAUUCGCCAUUUACAUCUAUUUUAAUUUUGGAUGAUCUGUUUUCUCAUCUCCUGAGCACGAAACUGACUUUCCACUCUCAUUCACCUCUAUCUCUUGAUUAUAUUUCUGUCAUUUUAAAUAUUAACACUGAGUUCUCAAACACCUUUCCAGCAUUACACAAGCUUUUAAUGACCCAUUUGCUGACUCUGUAUAGUUAGGCAAUGGUUUUCAAUGCUUAACUGCUUCUUAAUGUUUUUUUUCUUUAGUGUGACCCAAACUUCUGUGCUCUAUCCCACACAUGCAUUUUUCCAGCCCAACUGUUCUAGUGCUAACUUUUACUGCUCUGACGAAAGAUAAAAUCAAAAUGUUAACUUUUCUCUUUCAGAUGCUGAUCGACAUUUUGAAAUGUUAUUUCAGAUUGGUAGUUUUUUUUAUUUAAUAAGUAUAUCUGGUUACCUCUAUAUGAGCCUGCAACUUAAAUACACAUUGCAAGCUGGCUGACUUGUAAAUAGCUCUCAGAAAGGCAAAAGCAAUUACGCUGUCAAAAUACAGCAACUACACAAAACCAUGAAAAUUAUGAGACUGAAGAUGAGUGUAUAAGAAAGGGAAUACUGUACUGUACAAUUAAAGAUCUGCAUUGGCUGGGGGCGAAACAAUCUGUAAAUAUCCAUACUCAUCACUAAAUGUAUCAAUGAUUGAGCUAAUAUACUAUAUUUAAGUUCUAAAUCACUCUUCAAGCAUUACAGUGUAUAAAACUCCCCCUUCUCCAAGCCACAUUGCAUAAAACCAUCUCACAUUGGUGAAUACGUUUUCCUGGGGUGUUGAAUGAUUGAGAGAGUCUCCUAAAGACUUUUAAUAAGAAGUUGGUUUGAUCAUCAAACUUCAAUAUGUUUUUAAAUCUGUUGAUCACACAGAGCAAACUUUUAAUGUCGACUUCUGUCCUUCGCAUGCAAAGUGAAAUUGAGAAAGCCAUCUGUCCAUUACUGAGCUAAAAAACACUAAUCUUGUUAUCUGCAUCCAUUUAAAUUGGUGGAAAUCUCUAGCAUUAUUCUGUAAGGCAGGAACUGGUUAAACUAGAUUAAAAUCCAAAAUAAAUGUCAGCCUGAAAAUGGUACCAGCAAUUGAGAUCAAUCUUGUGAUUGGGCAUAUUAAGAUCAUGCCCAUUUAUCAAACACAAUGAAACUGAAAAUAUAGUAUUUGCAGUGUUGGUCUAGUUAACUAAGUAUGAGGUUAUGAUUUAUAAUACUGUAUAUCCAUUAUAGCAAAAUCACUUGCACUGAUUACAAAAAAUAUCCAUUAGAGCUCAAAAUAUUUGUUUCCAAAAAUGCAGGGCUCAUAUAAAAUGUGCAGAGAAGUGUCAGUUAAUUACCCAAAACACUGCAUCGUAUUGCCAUGAACCCCUUCUUAAUUCCUCUCAUACCUAUUUCAGACUAAAAUAUUCUUCCUUCACUUGGGUAGUAGACCUUCUUUAAUAUGUAAAAAUUACAGAUGUAUUUUAAAUGAUUUUCUUGUCAUUUUACUUUUCCUUGUUUUCUCAAUGCUUUUUCUUUUGUAUUUACCUUCUCUUAUAAAGAGGUGGAGGACAGCACUUGAUGCAGCACCACCUUUUUUGAAAUCAAUUCAUUCCUUAAAUUAAAUUAAUGCCUUGAACAGUAGUUCCCUAUUCUUACAUGUCUGGGGAAACCAACGUUUACUCGUAUUGAAGCCAUUCCAGUCUUGCAUUGGUUUAAAAUAUAUUACAGCGUGCUUGCAAUUGGGGGGGGAAAAGGUAGGCUUGGUUUGCAAAACAAUGUUUAGGACAUGCUAAAUUGGUAAUUCAGCUGUGAGCUUUUUAAAACAAUCUAGUUAACCAUUUGCUCUUCACACUGUUUAACAGUUGUAGGGGAACCAAUCUGAUUGUGAAGUACUGUAAUGCAAGUGUGACCAAAUUCAUAGAAGCUGAAGACAAGUAUCCUGAAAAUAUCUAUAAAGUAUCUAUCCUUCACUUGUUUUCUGCUUAGAAUAAAAUUCUGAAAACCUUAA